AUGCGGCAGCUUCGCCCGGGCAAGAAGGCCGAGGGUAUGAAGGACAGGCGGCUGCCAGGCCGCACGAGAUCGGGCAUGAGGCACAGCACAGGGCUCAUCUCGAUGCUGGACAAGAACACUCUGGUAUCGAUGCUGGAGGCCCAGAGCGCGGUGGAGGAGGAGGUCAGGAAGCCGGGGGGAGCGGGGACCGGAGAGCCGGGGGGAGCGGAGACCGGAGAGCAGGGGGGAGCGCUCGCAGCCGUGGACCUGGGGGCUGGAGGAGCGGGCUUACCACUUGCAUGUGCCACGCUCCUCGCCAACCGGGAAGACAUCGAUGCCAUGCUGCGCGACCAGCGCCCGCCGGAGCAACGCCCUGAUCUCCCGCACUGCCAGGCGAGCAACCUUCGCAUCCCCAAGAGCUACAAGGAGGCUAUGGCGUCGGAGUACCGGCACCUCUGGAGCGACGCGAUGAAAAGGGAGUUUUUCGGGUUGCUGGAAGCGGAUGAGUUUGGAUGGGCCACUAAGGUCAAGGCGAGACUUGUAGCGAGAGGUGAUAUGCAGAGAGAGUACAUUGACUUUGGAGAGUUGUACGCGCCUACCGUUUCUGUUUCGUGUGUCAGGAUGUUGGCAGCGUUGGCGUGCGAGUUGAACCUCGACUUGUGUCAUUUCGAUAUUGAGCAAGCUUUUGUGCGUUCGGAGUUGGAAGAAGACGUAUACAUGCGAUUGCCGCAGGGAUGUGGAGCUCUAGCUGGAAUGAUUGUAAAACUAGGCAAGAGUCUGCAUGGCUUGAGACAGGCAUCUAGGCAGUGGCAUGCAAUGCUGAAGAGGUGUUUGGUUGCGUUGGGAUUUGAGCAGUGCAUGGCCGAUGCUUGUGUGUUUCGAUUGAUUGAAGGGGGGUGUGUGGUUUUGAUUUUGGUAGUACAUGUAGAUGAUAUUUUUGCUGUGGGAGAGAGGGAGAGAUGUGACAAGUUUGGCGCCGACCUUAACAAGUCCGUGCCGGUGAAGAACCUGGGAGAGUUGAGAUGGUAUUCUGGGUGCUUUUACGAGAGAAGCAAGGAGACUGGUAGGCUGACGAUUUCUCAGCAGACUUUCACGGAUGAGCUAGCAGCAGAGUAUGGAGUCGCAGGGGGUAAGAGCGUUCCAAUGUCUUCGGGGGUCAAGCUUUCUGACUUUGAUGCGGAUGAAGAAGCGACAGAUUUUCCGUUUCGUGAGCUAGGAGGAUCUUUGAUGUGGCUGGCGACUCAGACUAGGCCAGACAUUGCGAAUGCAGUAAGGGCAGUAGCUAGAUAUUGCGCGUCUCCGAAGCGGGUGCACUGGGAUGCAGCGAUGGGUAUAUUAGGGUAUGCGAUGAGGACGAGUUACAUGGGUGUUUCAUUUCAGAGAGGUACGGUAGAAGGAUUCAGCUUGCAGGGGUACGCUGAUGCGGACUUUGCGAGCAAGGCAGCAGA